CUGGAGAACAAGCGAGCCAGCAAAACAAUGGGCUCCGGACAGCAGCAGUCGUCGCCCCCAAGCGCAGCGCCCUGCUCGGCCCCCCACACCAACCACCUCCCUCCCCAGGGAAGGACUGCACCCUCUCCUCCUCCUUCUCCCCCAGCAGCAGCAGCAGCAAAAGGGGACAGGAGCCAGCCUGCUGCUGCUGCUAAGACUGCGGCCCGCAAUGGGCUGGCAGGAGAGACUGGCUUGGAGGAGGAAGAGCAGGAGGAGGGGGAUGAAGGAGGGGAGGAGGAGGAGGAGUCCCUGCAGCUCCUCUCCGGGUCCUUAGCAGCUGCUUGCAGUUUGGAAGGCUCGGGAACGGACUGUCAGCCCGAGGAGGACCUAACGAUACGAUAUGUCCAGUAUGAGUCAGAGCUGCAGAUGCCCGAUAUCAUGAGACUGAUCACCAAAGAUCUGUCUGAACCCUACUCCAUUUACACAUAUAGGUAUUUUAUCCACAACUGGCCACAACUUUGCUUUUUGGCCAUGGUAGGUGAGGAGUGUGUAGGUGCCAUCGUCUGCAAGCUGGAUAUGCACAAAAAGAUGUUCCGCAGAGGUUAUAUAGCCAUGUUAGCAGUGGAUUCCAAAUACAGAAGAAAAGGAAUUGGUACAAACUUGGUUAAGAAAGCUAUUUAUGCUAUGGUUGAAGGAGAUUGUGAUGAGGUUGUAUUGGAAACAGAAAUCACGAAUAAGUCUGCUUUGAAACUUUAUGAAAACCUUGGGUUUGUGCGAGACAAGAGGCUGUUCAGAUACUAUUUAAACGGAGUCGAUGCACUGCGGCUGAAGCUCUGGCUGCGUUAGGAGAACUCAUCCCAUCGAGCAACCGACGUCCCAACAGCGCAGAGUUGUCCUUUGCAUGCAAUGCAAUUUGUCCAAAAAUUGCUUUGCAGGUGGACUUAGUAAUUCCCAUGCAGCUCUUAAACCUGUCAGUGUCUCAUUGAGUGUCGCACACAUCCGUUGCACUUUGGCAUGGCGCGUUUGUCCCGAAUUAAAGCCGAUUGUCUCAGCCUCCAGAGUUCUUUUGGUCCCAGCGAGAUGUGCCAGUUGAUAGCCAAGAUAUGUUCAUUCAUUUGCAAGUCUACUGACUGUAUGACAUACACACAAUGAACGUUUUCUCAAAAGAAACCUGUAUGGGGACUCUACUUUUGGGUUCCAGAAAA